AUGGAAGGUUCUGACACAACGCUUCACUCUGGAGUUGAAAAUAAUGGUCUUGGAGAUGGAAAGGCAAAAUUUGGAGAACUGAUUUUAGAUAUUGAUUUGAAUAAAGAAAAGUGGUUUAAUGUGAUUAUAACGAGAGAUGUUACUGGAAGGAAAUAUCGCGUGAACGGCCGCGCCACACUCAUAUUGCUGGACAGUGCCCUCAUUCUGAAGAAGUGUUCCCGGCAAGUUUGGAUUGAUUUCAAAGAUAUCGGGACAUUUUCCAGUGAUGAUUCUGCAUAUGAAAUUGAAGUUUUGGUUUUGUCAAAAACUGAAAAAUUCAAUUUUUACUACAAAAGACCAUUUGACAUUCUUAAAGUAUUCAUAAAAAAGUGGGAAGCAUUUACGAAAAAUUUAAACAAACCUCCAGAAAUAAAAAUAUCGUGUCAAACUAUACGGUUUGACAGUGUGGCCCUUAAAGAUGGCACCUCUCUUAGCUCUUCAAUGAAUACAACCAAUUCAGACGUGAAUGAGGAACAUUCUUUUGAUGUGGUUGUACAGAAAACAUCUGGCUGCUCUGUAAUAAAGCAUCUAUACGGUCCCGGCAAAAUCAUAGUUCAAGAUAAUGCCUUCAUUCUGAGAAAAGGCUCCGAACAAUUUGUAGUUGAUUACAAUGAUAUCCAAAAUUACCAGUACGACAGUAAAGACGAUGAAAUUUGUAUUGACGCUGAUCUGCGCGUUGAAGGUUUGCCACCAGAAGCCUACUACCAAUUCAGGUGCAAAAACGCGUUUGACGUUUAUAUGUUGCUCUUAGAAAAAUACAAAAAGAAGAAUCUCUGGUACAAUCCAUCUAAGGAAAAUUCUUUUGACGGGUAUGUAGAGGAAACUGAUGUUUCUAACAAAACACUCCGGACCGGCCAUGCUAUUGCAAUCGUUCAGAAUAGUGCCAUUGUUUUUAGUACAUAUUCACAACACGUUGUGAUCGAUUUCAAGUAG